UUUUUGAAUUAAAAGGGGUUUUUUUCCCCCCCCUUCUUAUCGUCAUUCAAAAAAGGAUCUGUGAGAUGAUUUUCUAGCCCUUGGACCUCUCCUUUGGACUCUCUCCAGUUGUCUUCCCAGCUCCAGCAGUGGUGCCCCAACCCCAAACAGGACAGAAGCUCCACCAGAGCCACUGGAGGCAGAGGACUCCCCAAACUGGUCCCAGUGGUGUCAGAAGGAUGAAUUUCCUCCUGAGCUCAUCUUCCCCACUCUGAGUUGUCUCAAUCACUCGUUCUCGGCUCUGCCUCUGAUGUCCCUAUGAUUUGGUGUGGCUGCCCUCAUCAGCUGAAAAAUAUGUCCAUCCGAGGCCUGAAGAAGAAACAGCCAAAGACUUUUAAAGUCAGAAUUAUAACAGUGGAUGCUGAGAUGGAGUUCAGCUGUGAGAUGAAGUGGAAGGGAAAGGAUUUGUUUGACCUGGUGUGCCGAGCCCUUGGUUUAAGGGAGACUUGGUUCUUUGGCUUGCAGUACACAAUUAAAGGAAUGUGCACCUGGUUAAAGAUGGACAAAAAGGUUUUAGAUCAAGAAAUCCCCAAAGAAGAUCCCAUUAGCUUCCAUUUUUUGGCUAAAUUCUACCCAGAGAAGGUAGAAGAGGAACUCUUACAGGAAAUUACCCAGCAUUUAUUCUUCCUUCAGGUUAAGAAGCAGAUCCUGAAUGAGGAAAUCUAUUGCUCACCAGAAGCUACAGUUUUACUGGCUUCUUAUGCUGUUCAGGCCAAGUAUGGCGACUACGACCCAAAUUUCCAUGAGCCAGGCUUUCUAGCCCAUGAUGAGCUGUUACCCAAAAGGGUGCUCAGGCAGUACCAGCUGACAGCAGAGAUGUGGGAAGAGAAGAUCACUGCUUGGUAUGCUGAGCACAGGGGUAUUGCCAGGGAUGAAGCUGAGAUGAACUACCUGAAAAUUGCCCAAGACUUGGAAAUGUAUGGUGUCAAUUAUUUCCCAAUUGCUCAAAAUAAAAACCACACAGAUCUCCUGCUUGGAGUUGAUGCCAAAGGUAUUCAUAUCUACAGCAUUAAUAACAGGUUCUCCCCCAAUAAAUCCUUUGAGUGGAGCUCUAUCAGAAACAUUUCCUGUAGUGAGAAAGAGUUAACUAUUAAACCCCUUGACAAAAAAGCAGAAGUCUUCAAGUUCUUUUCCUCUCAGCUCAAAGUGAACAAACUGAUUUUCCAGUUGUGCAUUGGAAACCACGACCUAUUCAUGAGGAGGAGAAAAGUGGACUCCAUAGAGAUCCAGCAAAUGAAAGCACAAGCCAGGGAAGAAAAAGCUAGAAAAAAGAUGGAGAACCAGAGGCUGGCCAGGGAGAAGCAGCUUCGAGAAGAAGCUGAGAGAGCCAAAGAAGAGCUGGAAAGGCGCCUUUUCCAGCUGGAAGAUGAAGCCAGGCAGGCCAAUGAGGCCCUGCUCCGAUCCCAGGAAGCAGCAGAGCUGCUGGCUGAGAAAGCCCAGAUUGCAGAAGAGGAAGCCAAGCUGCUGGCCCAGAAUGCUGCAGAGGCUGAGCAGGAACGCCAGAGGCUGGAGAUCACAGCUCUGAAAAGCAAGGAGGAGAAGCGGCAGAUGGAGCAGAAGAUGCGGGAGGCAGAGCUGAUCGCGGUGAAGCUGGUGAAGGAGUCUGACAGGAGAGCCAAGGAAGCCGAGCACCUGAAACAAGACCUGCAUGAAGCCCGGGAGGCCGAGCGCAAAGCGAAGCAGAAGCUCCUAGACAUAACCAGGCUUAAUUAUCCUCACAUGGCCAAGUACCCCCAGUACUCCCCAGGGGACAGCAGAGAUGCCAACUUUGACAAAGGAUCCAUCAAGCUGGAUUUGAAGGACAUCGACCUCAAGAGACUGUCCUUUGAGAUAGAGAGAGAGAGGCUGGACUACUUGGAAAAGAGCAGGAAAUUCGAAGAUCGACUGAAAGAACUGAAAUCUGAAAUUCAUGCCCUGAAACUGGAGGAAAAACAGGCUGGGCUUUACAGUCACUGGAAUGAAGUCCUGGGCUCCUUGGAUCGCUCCUUAGGAAGUGCCCCAUCAUGGAUGAAAACCUUCGAAACUGGAGAUUCAUUGGAUGCAAAUCUUCAAAGACCUUUCCCUGCUUACUUGUUAAACACUGCAAGCAGCUGGCCCUGCACCAACAAAACUCAGCACACGGUGCCCGUGGAGAAAUCAUCUUCCCAAGCCAAUUCCUUGGCUGCCAGCAGUGUGGGCACAGGAAGCAGAAAACAGAUUAUAAAGGUUCAGCAGCAUGACUCAGAUGUGAUCUACAUUUGAAGCCCCUCGUUUCCUUGCCAGCCUGGUGGGACUGGUGGCCUUUUUACCCCUGUGGGGACACUUGGGCAGCUCUGGCUGCUGCCAGGUGUGAGAGACAAGGCAGUGUGGAUCCAGAGCUGCCAUCCAGCUCCCAGGCAGGGGACAUCAGCUGGGAAUGCCACACGUGCCCCCAGUGGGGCUGGGAGCAGUUCAAACCCGGAGGAAAUGUUGUUUACUACUUGUGCACUUUGGAAGGAACACUUCACACUUUGCUAAAACCCUUCCUCCCCGAGGUGUUUCACACACCUAGAGCUCUGCUGCUGGAGGAAGCAUGUGAGGCAGCAAGUGCCCAGGAGGUGUUUGGGAUGAGAAAACAGAACACAAGCUUGGUGCUUAUCUCCACAACAGACUAAUUAUGGUUUUGGUCCAGUCCCUGGGACACGACUCCCACAGAGCUGCUCGAUGUUUUAGUGUUUGCCUGCCAAAUAUUUUCCUUCUCCUCCCCAAACAUUUCUUGGUUCACUUAAUUGAUUUGCAUUUCUCUGUGAGAAAUCUCAGCUUUUAAUUCCAGAUGCAGAAGUGGACAUCUUCAAAUACCUCCCAUUCCUGGGGGAAUCCUUUGUUUGGAAUGCAAAGCUUCUGUUCUUCCAGUCCCUGACUAGAUCAAGCACUUUCUGCUCGAGCAAACUUUGCAUACAUUAACUGCCUUCCCACUUCUGUGCAACACAGCUCCCAAAUUAGACAAAGACAAAAGAUGCUGUUGGUGUCUGCUAAAGUGGGACUCGUUUCUGGUGGAGAGGUGCAUGCAGCAAAGUGCCUGCCUUAUUAGUAAAACCCCCUUGCAUUUUCUGGUUUUGUGUGUGUUUGAGUGUCUGCUUCUCCAUAAGACUUCACUCUGAGGACUUCUGGGGAAGCAGACAACAUUAAUGACAUAAAGCAGGAGCCCAGCUGAACUUGUGACGUGUGAUGUAAAGAUGGAUGGUAAUGUUCAAUGUCUUGUUCUAGCAGCUAAGAUUAAAGAAAGAAACAGGUUCAA